GCAAUGUCCGACGAAACGAAUACGGGACCGAUUUUCGGCAAACGCCACGUCCAAUACAUACUGCUAUUCACGCUGAAAAUUUUAGCGUACUCCACCAGGUACAACCUGUCCAUCGCCAUCUUGGCCAUGACCGAGCGGACCUCCUCCAACCCCGACAUACCGUACUACGACUGGCCGAACAGCAGCGUGGUGCUCUCGUCGUUCUUCUGGGGCUACGUGGUCCUGCAGAUCCCCGCCGGCGCGCUCGGCAUGAAAUUCGGCGCCAAAAACCUCCUGCUCCUCGCCAUGGCCGCCAACUCGACGCUGGCGCUCCUGACGCCGCUCGCCGCCGCCCGCCUCGGCGCCGGCGGCGUGAUCGCCUGCCGCGCCCUCCAGGGCCUCGCCCAGGGCGUCUUCUUCCCCCUCUCGUCGACGCUGCAGGCCAAAUGGGUGCCGGUGGAGGAGCGGGCGCGCGUCGGCGGCCUCAUGUUCUCCGGAUCGACGCUCGGCUUGGUGGUCACCUACUCGCUGACGGGGUGCCUCUGCAGGAGCUCCUGGGGCUGGCCGAGUAACUUCUAUCUGUUCGGGGCGCUCGGCGUCGCUUGGUCGGCGCUCUAUUACUGUUUGGGGCGCGACGGGCCCGGUUCGGUCGGUUCGAUCACGCGCGAGGAGAGGGUUUAUAUCGAACGAUCGCUCGGCGUUUUGGACUAUUCGAGGAAUGCGAGAAUACCGUGGAAGGCCAUUUUGACUUCCUUGCCGGUUUGGACGAUUUUCUGCACCAGCCUCGGAAAUGGAUGGGGUUCAGCUACUGUGAUGUCAGAAAUGCCCACGUACUUCGAUAAAGUGCUGAAGUUCGAUAUUAAUUCGAACGGACUGUUAUCUUCACUGCAAUACAUAGCCAACUUUCUUCUCACCUACGUGAUGGGUUUCUCGUCCGAUUACUUGAUAAAUAAGGGAUAUUUAUCCACCAUUAACGCCAGGAGAAUGUUCAACUCGAUAGGCAGCUUCGCCACCGGCGUUCUGCUGCUCAUCUUCGGCUAUCUACCGGAAAAUACCGAUCGCUACGUGGCCGUCGCCCUGCUGGUGGCCUCGACGGGCGUGCAUUCGGCCAUCUCAUCGGGCUACUCCAUCAACCACUACGAUCUCUCGCCCAAUUUCGCCGGCACCAUCAUGGGCGUGAUGAACGAGGGCGAGGAGCUCCUCUCCAUCGUCACCCCGUUGGCCGUCCAAUACGUCGUCACCGAUCUAAGCGACAGGGACCAAUGGAGGAUCAUCAUAGUGACCGGAAGCGCCAUGUACUUCGUUUCCGGCGCGAUUUUCGCCGUUUUCGCGACGGCCGAUAGGCAAUGGUGGAACGACGGAGUCUACAACGAUCUCGCUUAAAUCUAAUUCUAAUGCUGUUUUGUAUUAAUAAAU